UACAGGGAAUACGAACUGCAUUUGAUGGAGUGGCGAAGUAUGUGGAUCAAAGACGUAGACAAUUUUCAAUGCUGAAUGGCAUUCUUCUUAGCUUGGUCCCCUGGAUGCAAGUAAGUGGGUCAAGAGCAUUACUGUUAACAGUUACACCAAUGAAUUUUAUUAUAGCAAUCGGUAUUGGCAUGGGCUUGCAUUUCAUCUUCUUAGCUUGGAACGCAAUCAUGACUAGGAGUCUUUCCCUUAUAUUUGGUGACAAAACUAGUGUAUUUGGAAAGAAAGAAAAUACUCGUGCUAUUAUUAUUGUUGCUAGCCAAAAAACAUUGCCAGUAAUGGUAGCUAUUGUUGGGCAACUUGGAGGAGCAUUAGGUCAAGUGGGGUUGUUAGUGAUCCCCUGUGUCUUUGCUCAUAUAAAUCAGAGUCCCAAGUUUUCAAAAUUUUUGGGCCAAAAAAGUUCUUGUCGAAUUAUUAUAGAUUCAUAUAUAGGAAAUCUAUGGCUUCAAGAAGAUAAAAGGGUUCCAUAUGGCAAGGAGAGAUUGACAUGAAAAGUGAUUGUAAAGAUGCAUUUGUUGAUUUAUUUCAUUAAAUGUAUAAAGCACUUUUAGGUAAAUGAGGUUUUGAUAAUAUUUUAAUGUUCGAUUUUUUGUUUUAUUUAUUAAAAUAUUAAAAAUUGUAAAAAAAUAUUGAUAACAAAAAUUAGUACUAAUUAGGACCUCAUUUGUAAGGUCCUAGUAACACAUCUCUUAUAACUAUAUUAAAGAAUUUGAAGAGCAUUUACCUAUCA